AUGGCUUCUGUGGGGACUGCCAUACCAGAACCAAACCUUGAGAAUGUAGGCAUGGUGUUUCUGGUUAAUGUGCAGCCCAGAUUAGUUGAGUAUGGAUACCCUGUUGGUCCCGGAGGAACUGCAAUUUAUGCCUCUUCAGCGGCAGAGAAUCACGUAAGGAAAAACCAGGAAGAAAGAUCUGCUGCCACAUUCUCUCGGGCAAUGCAGAUGUGCAAAGAAAAGCAUGUGAAAGCAGAAACUAUCUUUCUCACUGGAGAGCCAAGAGAAAUGAUUUGUCAAGCUGCAGAGGAAAAUCAGGUCGAUCUCCUAGUUAUGGGUAGCCGUGGUCUUGGCACUCUUUCAAGAUUAUUUGUAGGAAGUGUAAGUGACUAUUGUGUUAAAAACGCAAAAACUCCCGUUCUUAUCGUGAAACCACCUAUGGAGGAUAGCAAGGAGCACUAA